AGUUACAUAUUUAUUAACUUUGGCUACCUGUUUUUCAAGUCUGUUUUCAUUAUAUAACAUUUUCACAACUACUCUCCUUCACAAACUAACCCACUCAUAAUAGUAACACACACCAAUACUUGUGAGUGAGAGAAACUCGACCAGUAUAACCACCGCCACCACCACCACAUAAGAAUGCACAGUUUGCCUUCCUGUCCGGCGGCCGCCAUCUGGGCCGCCAUUAUUUUGUCCUCAACAUUGUGUAUGGUGUCUGCUCAAGCACCCGCCUCUGCACCUGCACCCUUUUCAGGAAUGGGACCUUCAGUACCAGAAAUGCCUUUAGGGCCGUCAGCACCAGGACCGGCCACAAACGACUGCUUGACACCUCUUUUAAACAUGUCGGACUGCCUGAGUUAUGUGACAGAGUCAAGUAAUGUGACUGUUCCUGAUAAGAAUUGCUGCCCGGAGCUAGCCGGAUUGUUGGAUGGUAACCCUAUAUGUUUGUGUCAGUUGCUGGGUAAUAGUAACCUGACAGAGUCUUAUGGCUUUAAGAUUGAUGUUAAUAGAGCUCUCAAACUUCCUUCUAUAUGUCGGGUCAGUACUCCUCCAGUUAGCCUGUGCUCAGUGGCGGGAUACCCAGUUCCAGGUCCAAUAGCAAGUGAAGCAUCUCCCUCGCCAAUGGAUAACCAAACCCCAGGUGUUGCGCCACCAGAAGGGUUAGCUAGCAGUCCAUCAACUGGAAACAAUGGCAAUGGAGCUUCAGGUGUUGCAGGGUCUGCACAAGCAUUCUUUGUUGGCUUAGCAUUUUCAUUUCUUCUAACAUUCUUCUGAGACUGGGUUUUUGUGGUCGGAUUUCAGUUUCUCCAUUCUUCAAAAGUCGUAACCUAUUUAAUGAUAAUAUAUUUCCAGUAGCACCAAUAAUUAAGACAUGGAAAUUGUUAAAAUUUA